AUGGGGUGGACUGCGGGCAUCAAGUUCACUCCGGGCCUCCUGCUCCUGCUCCUGCUCCCGCAGCGGGACUGUCCCCGGGCGGCACGUGAGUUCGGGAUGAAGCUGCGGGGAAGUGUGAGGUCUUUUUCUCCCCACACCAGCGCUCACUUGCGUUUUCCUUUCACAGAUGCUCACUCUCUUUGCUAUGACUUCACUAUCCUCCCUAAGGCCAGCCCUGGACAAUCCUGGUGUGAGGCUCAAGGCCAGGUCGAUGAAAAGACUUUUCUUUCCUAUGACUGUGGCAGCCAGGAGGUCAAAUCCUUGAGUCUCCUGGGAGAGGAGGUAAAAGGCACGAGGGCCUGGCAGGAACAGAUGGAAACACUGAGAGACGUGGGGGACUUUCUCAGACAGCAACUGCUGGACCUUAAACUAGAGAAAUACACGGACAGGGACCCUCUCCCGCUGCAGGGCAGGAUGCUGUGUCAGCGUGAAGCCAAUGGACGCACGCGCGCAUCCUGGCAGUUCGGCUCCCAAGGACAGACUUUCCUCCUCUUUGACUCGGAGAACAGAACCUGGACUGUGCUUCACCCUAGAGGCAGACAGAUGAAAGAGAAGUGGGAGAGUGACAGGGAUGUGACAGAGUUCUUCAGGAAGAUCUCCAUGGGAGACUGCAGGAGCUGGCUUGAAAGUUUCCUGGUGCACUGGGAGAAAAUGCUGGAGACAACAGCCUCACCAACCAUGGCCCCAGCUACGGCCUCAUCCAGGGCCACGGCCGUCAUGCCCAGCACCUGGGUCCUCGCGGUGACCAUGCUCACCUGCUCUCUUCUCCUUGGCCUCUGAGGCUGAGUCCGUCAUGGUAACAGGUACUGAGAGCUGACAGCCUUGUGUGAGGGUUGGGGAAAGGUGGAUUCUCAGCCCAACCCCUGCCCCCUUACUGAACUUUCUCAUCAUGGGAAUGUGACCAGGGGAGUAAGUCCUCGUAUCGCCCUAUAGCAAUUGGACAAGUUCAGCUCUGAGUUCUGAUCUCCUCACGGGAAGGCGAGUGGGAAAGGGGAGGGGCCCACACUAAGUCUUAGGGCCUGUUGGUGCUAAAGGGGUUUAGCAAAGUCAGGCCUGACUCAGACCACAUCCUCUGUUUGGGAGAGUCUCUUUGGGCCCAGUGGGAGGCAGUGUGGGGACAGCAGGCACACAAGUCAGGGGCAGGACUCACAUUUGAGUGAGAACCACACAGUGGCUCCAUGUGAUGUAUCUAGGGGAAGAGGACUCAUCCAGGAAGCUAAGAGCAGAGGGGCCUGGGUCUAAGCCCAGGAGGAGGUCUGGGAAGGCCUUGCAGCCUCAACUCAGCAGGCUGGAGUGCAGGGCUGCGUGCCCACAGAGGGUGCCGUGGGUCCCAGCAGGUGAGACAGAAGGCGAACAGUAGAGCCUGUGUAGGAGGAGGUCAGGAGGAGGCCCGUCCUCCACGGAACAAGGGGAAUCCUGGCUCAGUAUGUUGCAUCACCUUGCGGCCAGCCUCCUGCAGACCCCAGAUCCUGAGCCACUGAGUGGUGCCUCCCUGGAGCAGAGGUGACUCAGGGGAUAGGUGUGACUGAGCUGCUAUUGAUGCCCACAGC